AUGGGCACGCAUAUACGCUUGGUAGUGGCUCCAAAGAAGGCUAAUCUGGCUUUGGCAGAGCAGUCACUGGCUGACACUAUGGCCCUGCUGAAUCAAAAGAGAGCAGAACUGAAAGAAGUGGAGGACCGCUUGGCCUCCCUGCAGAAGACACUGGAGGAGAAAACUGAAGAGAAAGCUCAACUGGAAUUCCAGGUGGACCUUUGUGCCCGUAAACUGGAGAGAGCUGAAAAGCUCAUCGGGGGCUUAGGAGGAGAAAAGACUAGGUGGUCUAAAGCUGCAGAUGACCUUCAGAACACAUAUGAUAAUUUGACAGGGGACGUGCUGAUAUCUGCUGGUGUAAUUGCUUACCUUGGAGCCUUCACUGCUGGCUUCCGCCAAGAAUGCACUAAAGAUUGGACUACGCUUUGUAAGUCCAAGAAGAUCCCAUCCUCAGAUGACUUCUCUCUGAGUAAAACCCUUGGGGAUCCUAUCAAGAUCAGGGCCUGGAACAUCUCAGGCCUACCCACUGACAGCUUUUCAAUCGACAAUGGAGUCAUAGUGAGCAACUCCAGAAGAUGGCCUUUGAUGAUUGACCCACAGGGUCAGGCCAACAAAUGGGUGAAAAACUCAGAGAGAGAGAACAAUCUUAAUGUGAUUAAACUUACUGAUGCGGACUAUAUGAGGACUCUGGAGAACUGCAUACAGUUUGGAACUCCGCUGCUGUUAGAGAAUGUCGGAGAAGAACUGGAUCCAAUAGAGCCCUUACUGCUUAAACAGAUAUUUAAACAAGGAGGUAUAGACUGCAUUAGGCUGGGGGAGAAUGUGAUUGAGUACUCCAGGGACUUCCGCUUUUAUAUCACUACUAAGCUCAGAAACCCUCAUUAUCUGCCUGAGCUGGCUACCAAAGUGUCCCUGCUCAACUUCAUGAUCACUCCAGAGGGUCUGGAGGACCAGCUGCUUGGCAUUGUGGUGGCGAAAGAGAGGCCAGAGUUGGAAGAGGAGAGGAAUGCACUCAUUCUUCAAUCUGCUGCCAAUAAGAAGCAGCUGAAGGAGAUUGAGGACAAAAUCCUGGAGACUUUACAGUCCUGAGGGAAUAUACUGGAGGACGAGAGUGCUAUUCAGAUCCUAGACUCCGCAAAAAUAAUGUCUGAUGAUAUCUCCGUGAAACAGCAGAUUGCAGAGAAGACUGAAAUUAAAAUAGCAGAGUCAAGGGAAGGCUACAGAGCUAUUGCCAAGCACUCAUCCAUCCUAUUUUUCAGCAUUGCUGACCUGGCCAACAUUGACCCUAUGUAUCAAUACUCACUUAGUUGGUUUGUCAACCUAUAUAUUAACUCCAUCCAGGACAGUAACAAGUCAAAGAUUCUAGAAAAGAGACUGAGAUACCUGACUGACCACUUUACCUACAACCUUUACUGCAAUGUGUGUCGCUCUAUCUUUGAAAAGGACAAACUUCUCUUCUCCUUCCUCCUGUGCUGCAAUCUGCUCUUGGCCAAGAAGGAGGUUAACUACUCGGAGUUCAUGUUCCUGCUCACAGGUGGAGUUGGUCUGCAGAAUAAUGUUCCCAAUCCUGAUCCCAGCUGGCUCCAAGAAAAGAGCUGGGAUGAGAUCUGUCGAGCCAGUGAGCUGCCUGGCCUGCAGGGCCUUCGGGAGAGUGUUAUGAAGUCACCUGAAAGCUUCCGACCUAUUUAUGAUAGUAAGGAGCCUUUUAACACUCCGUUACCGAGCCCAUGGUGUGACAAACUUAAUGACUUUCAGAAAAUAAUCAUCUACCGCUGCCUCAGGCCGGAUAAAAUUGAACCAGCCAUUACUAGCUAUGUGGCUGAAAAACUGGGUAAAAUGUUUGUUGAACCACCGCCGUUUGAUCUGAGUAGAAGCUACAAUGAUUCCAAUUCUACGAUUCCACUGGUGUUUGUGCUCUCACCAGGAGCAGACCCUAUGGCCAGUUUACUGAAGUUUGCAAAUGACAAGAACAUGGGUGGUACAAAGUUCAAGUCAAUUUCUCUUGGACAGGGUCAGGGUCCUAUAGCGGUAAAUAUGAUUCAGUCUGCUAUGAACGAAGGCACAUGGGUGUGUCUACAAAACUGCCACCUGGCUGUAUCUUGGAUGUCCACACUUGAGAAGAUCUGUGAAGACUUCAACCCAGACACAUGCCACCCGGACUUCCGCCUCUGGCUCACCAGCUACCCUUCACCCAUGUUCCCAGUGACCAUCCUGCAGAAUGGAGUGAAGAUGACAAAUGAGCCUCCCACAGGUCUUAGGUUGAAUCUGCUACAGUCCUACCUAUCAGACCCUAUCUCAGAACCUGAGUUCUUCUCAGCAUGUCCAGACAAAGAAGCUGUUUGGGAAAAGCUUCUGUAUGGAGUUUGUUUUUUCCAUGCCCUUGUCCAGGAAAGAAAGAAAUUUGGACCACUCGGUUGGAACAUUCCAUAUGGAUUUAAUGAAUCAGAUUUGCGUAUCAGCAUCAGGCAGUUGCAGGUAAAGACUCUUUCAUACAUCAAUAAAUAUAUUAGAGGUUCCUUUGAAGCCAUUACAUAUCUGACUGGAGAGUGUAACUAUGGUGGGCGGACAGAUGACUGGGACCGCCGCCUCCUCCUGACCAUUCUGGCUGACUUCUACAAUAACGACAUCAUCAAGACCCGCUACAAGUUCUCUCCUAGUGGAAAAUACUAUGCACCUCCAAAGUCCAAUUAUGAAGACUAUGUGGAGUUUAUUAAGAUUUUGCCAUCCACCCAGCAUCCAGAGGUGUUUGGUAUGCAUGAAAAUGUGGACAUCUCUAAAGAUCUGCAACAGACUAAACUCCUGUUUGACUCCCUGAUCCUGACUCAGGGAGGUGGCUCAAAGGGAGGCGGAAGUUCUGCAAGUGACAACAGCCUGCUGGAUAUUGGUGACAUUCUGUCUAAACUACCAGAAAACUUUAAUAUCGAGGCUGCUCUUGACAAAUUCCCAGUGCAGUAUGAAGAGAGCAUGAACACAGUGCUUGUACAGGAAAUGGAACGAUAUAAUAAUUUGUGCAAAACAAUUUCUGAGAGCCUCCAGAAUCUGUUAAAGGCCAUUAAGGGGCUUGUCAUAAUGGAUGCUGAGCUGGAGGAAAUAGCAAACAGCUUGCUUGUAGGAAAAGUGCCAGAGAAGUGGGCAAAGCGCUCCUACCCCAGUCUGAAGCCCCUGGGCAGCUACAUGACCGACUUCCUUGCUAGGCUUAAGUUUUUGCAGGACUGGUAUGACACAACCAAGCCCUGUGUAUUCUGGCUGUCUGGUUUCUUCUUUACUCAAGCUUUCCUGACAGGAGCCAUGCAAAAUUAUGCCAGAAAAUACUCCAUCCCCAUUGACCUCCUUGUAUUUGACUAUGAGGUUAUGCCGUUUGAUACCUCAGCCACCUCCCCUGAAGAUGGAGUCUACACUCAUGGCCUUUUCUUGGAUGGAGCUCGCUGGGAUAGAGAAAGUGGUGUUUUAGCUGAACAGUACCCCAAAAUCCUAUUUGACUCACUCCCUAUUAUAUGGAUAAAGCCAAUGGAUAAGCGGGUUAUGCCGGAAGCUCAGAACAUGUAUAUCUGUCCUCUCUACAAGACCAGUGAGCGUAAAGGAACUUUAUCCACCACAGGUCACUCCACUAACUAUGUCAUCUCUAUGACUCUGCCUACGGGCCAGCGGCCACAGCAUUGGAUUAAGAGAGGUGUAGCUAUGCUCUGCCAGCUUGACGAUUAGUGACAUACACUUUGACCUUGAAUUUAUUUAAAUAAGUCGACUUACUGUUAAAUGAUUUCCUGCAAGUAAUAAAUGAGUGUUUCUACUGAA